AAUUUUCCAAAUAUUAAAUAAGAAAUGUUUAACAAUAAUGAGGUUAGAAUCAGCUAAUUACAUUUAUAAUAGACUUUAUUCUACAAUAUAGAGAAGUGCUAUGUAAAGUUGCAUAACGUUUCGUAGGAAAAGAGUUAAAUGAUGUUUACGUAUAGUUCAAUGUUUAUUGUAUUCGGAUUAUUUUUGAUAAUAUUUUUUGACACGACUUCGGCAAAAUGUAAUAACAUCGAGACUUGUACUUGCAUCGUUCCUGACAAUGAAGCAAAGAUAUUAAUUAAUAUUAUAUACAAAGGAAAACCUGAAGAGAAACUGCCUCAUACAUUGUACAUCGAUUAUUGUGAGAAUAUACCAGAAAAAAUUAAUGAAAAUGAACUCCAUUGUACUAAACAAAAUGGAUCGUUCUGCUCCAAUAAUUUUCAUACAACAAAACUUACUGAAUUAGGGGUUGUGAAUCAAACUGACGUACAAUUGGUAUCAGGGUAUAAUAAUAUAUCAGUAUCCAUAACUUAUCAAAAUUUCGUUUUACGAACAACGGUUAGUUGUUGCACAAAAUGUACCGCACAAUUUAUUUCCAACAAUGUUACCUAUCAUGUUCCACCAAUGGGGACAAUAAAUCCAUGCAAGAAACAACUGCCUCUAGCUACCAUUUCGAUAGGAUCUACUUUGGUAAUUCUAUUCUUCGUGUUCAGUGGAUUAUAUUUUAUUGGUGGUGCAAUAACAUUAAGGAUGCUAAGAGGUGCGACUGGUUGGGAAAUGUUACCUAAUCACGAGUUUUGGUGUGAUCUUCCAUCGCUUAUUAGAGAUGGCAUUACUUUCACUUUUAACUGCUGCAGAGCAGAUAGUUAUGAAAGAAUAUGAAUCUCUGAUGAGAUUUUAUCUAUAUUAUUUUUUUAUACUAUACCUAAUGUGUACAAACUCGGUCCUAAUUUAUACAUCUUUAAAAUAGUGCGUUUAUAAAUAUCCAAAAUGUUAGAUCUUAUUGUAUAUUUAUAAAUUACAACAUAUCUGUGUGCUAUAAUAUUUGAUAAGAACGAAGACGAAAGUUAUUUAAUAUAGCAUAUACAUUUGCUAGCUAGUAAUCCGGCGUAUAUUCGGAAACAUUUUACUGUGAAUAUUCAUUAUUUUACAAAUUUUUUACAGUAUACCUAUACACACAAGGAUGUAUAUGUAUAUAUGAUGUAUACAUGCGUUUGUAAUCACAGAACCA